UACCUUCUCUCGUCUACCUUCUUUUGCCCUCGACUCUCACCUGCAUCCUCGUCGUCUUCCUCACCUACACGCGUCUAGCUGCCCUAUUCUGCUUCUACUCGCAUCCUCAAUCCUGUAUAUCGCCAACCCAGCCGUAUUCUCCCUCAAAUUUCCCCUCGACCAAGGGCAACUUCACCCGCAUCAGACCGACUUCUCGUCUACCUUCCUACGCCGCUGUCUCCUAGACUUAGCUACACCACGGCUUCGGCCGUCUUCCCAACCGUAUACCGUAUACUUCCUCCUCGCCGGCCUACCUCUCUUUCGCCUCCCUCAUCGUCCUCGACGGGCCUACUCCGCUCAAUCGAGCACCCGAGUUCGAGAUACUCGCAACUGGCUGGCCAGCGGUUUCAAGACACACAGGGUGGACAAUAUUUCAUCCGAUUCCCAGAGAGCAUCGCUCUGUACCAUACUCGAGGACUGUAAUCAUUCCGCCCCUGGUGUCUGUGGACCUCCCGCUACCCCUUUGAAGUCAUUGCCGCACGCCCACGGAUCUACAGGUCUAUAGCACAAAAGUUGAAUAUCAUUUGCGAUAGUUGACGUGUGUGACACUUCCAAGCCGAUUGAGGCUCGUCGCCGAACUGUUUCAUCCACCCCUGGAGAGUCUGAUGAGCGAGAGUGUGCCGAAAGAUGAUGGGAAUAUUGUUUCUGACUCGAUGACCGUGCCAUCUUCCACGGCUGAUACAACCAGAAUGGACAAUCGGCUGCGUACGCACAAGGCGUCAGCAUCGUCACAUUCGCAGUCACAGUCUAUGCCGUCAACACCAUCUCAAAGACCACAGUCUCCACCGGCCCCGAGAAUGUCGCGGUCGCCAGAGCCCGCUCUCAAGAACAGCUCUCCCAAAUCAGCACCGUCAGAUAAAAGUCAUACGCCGCCGGCGCGAGGAAAACCAUAUGGCGGUUGCAGAUUCGAAACUGGAAUGGCCAGGGCGAGACGGCGUGUGCCGUACUCAUAUGGACCAGAUCCGUUGGAAAAGGACACAUCCGACCUGAAGGUUAGGCUCAAUCACGAAGAGGAUGAAAAGCUCAGCCGCGAUAUGCAAGGUUUGUACGCGCAGCUACAACCAAGCGCUGAAAGUGAGCAACGACGCUCACGUUUCAUUGACAAACUCGAGAAAAUCCUGCGUGGACAGUGGCCGCAGUCGCGCAUCAAUGUUAACGUAUUUGGCUCGACCGGCAACAACCUGGGAACUUCCGACUCCGAUGUCGAUAUUUGCAUCACGACAGACUGUCGAGAAAUGGAGCGGGUGUGUUCUAUCGCCGAGCUUCUCGCCAAACACGGUAUGGAAAGAGUGGUCUGCGUGUCCAGCGCAAAGGUUCCCAUUGUGAAAGUCUGGGAUCCUGAGUUACAAGUCGCAUGCGACAUUAAUGUCAACAACCCUUUGGCCCUAGAAAAUACCGAACUUGUCCGUACAUAUGUCGACCUAGACGAACGGGUAAGGCCCCUCGCUAUGAUCAUCAAACACUGGGCAAAGAGGAGGAUUCUCAAUGACGCUGCCCUUGGAGGCACUCUCAGCUCGUACACAUGGAUAUGCCUGACCUUGAAUUUUCUACAAACGCGAGAUCCACCCAUAUUGCCUACCUUGCAGCAGCAGCCCAAGCUCGAGCCCAAAUAUCUAGCUGGAGUCAACGUGUCAUUUGACCGUAAUACGGAGACGUACAAAGAUUUCGGCGCUCGCAACAAGUCUUCUCUGGGCGAGCUACUUUUUCAUUUCUUUCGAUACUACGGCCACGAACUCGACUUUGAACAGAACGUGGUAUCAGUUCGAUUGGGCCGCUUGCUAUCGAAAGUUGAAAAACAGUGGCAUUUGCUCCAAGAUAAUCGUCUCUGUGUUGAGGAGCCCUUCAAUUUGUCUCGCAAUCUCGCCAACACAGCCGAUGACACAUCAAUGCGUGGCAUCCACCUCGAGCUCCGAAGAGCCUUUGACAUGAUCGGACGAGGAGAUCUAGAGGGGUGCUGCGAACAAUUUGAAUAUCCUGCUGAAGAAAUCAGACCAUCUGAACACUUCGUCCCGCCUGCAGCGCGACCUGUCAUACCUCAACCGCCUCCUGCACAAAGUACAACUCCUGCUCCCCCACAACUGUCGCGGUCAGGGAGAACCGGUCAGCGUGGUGGACGGAGUUCCGGUGGGCCUAGCCGCAACAGCAAUGGGCGGAGGUCAUCGAACCCCCCAGGGCGAAAUUAUCUGCGUAGUCUGCCUUUCCAGAUGACUCCGCAAGAACUACAACUCCAGGCUCAGCACCAACAACACCUUCUUCACGACCAAUUGUUCCAACAAUAUCAGUAUCUACAGCUCCAAGAGCAGGAGCUGAGAAUGCAGUUGCAUCAACAAAAUCUUCGGUCUAGAGGACUCCUACCAGCGGGGUACCACCAACCUACAGCUUAUGCCCAGUAUGCAAACCAAGAUGAAGGUGCAGAUCAUGGUUCGAAUGGGCAAACCAACGGCAUCAGUCGAGCUCCGCUCUCGGCACCCCUGUACCAACAACGCUUCGCCCCGCCAUCUCCAUACCUUCCGGCAGCCGGCCUAAACCACGGUGUAUCUACCAAUCCUCCGUCACCACGGAUUAGUUCCGUUAUUCCAGACACUCGGAGGUAUUCUCGACGGACAUCGCUGACGCAGUCUUCGUCGGGCGGCUCUCUCCGGGCUCAUUCACAACCCGCUCGGGCCAUUCCUUUGUCCGCCCUCAACCACUACUCCACCAGAGCUGAUGCCGCUGCGUUACGAGAUAGCCUUGCGGGUAGGAGAUCGUCUGCCUCUUCGAAUUCUCAGGAACAGUAUGCUGGAUAUAUUGACAACGUCAACGGUACCAUAUAUGACAUCGGGCGUAGACCCGCAGAGUACCUUGGUUAUUAUGUAGGGCAGUCUCCUUCAUUAUCUGCAUAUACCCACAGCACUGCAAUCUCUCCAAUACCCUCGCAUGCAGGUCUUGCAAUCCAGGGUGGAGGACUGUCCCCUCGACUUGCAUCUGCCACCGUUCGACCCCCGUCGGGAAAACAGUCGCCCUCAUUCCAAUCGGCCGCUCCUGUCACGAAAGAAAGCCUAAUCAGUCAGCAGCCCGAAGGCACAGAUGCCGAGAAAGUCGAGCCAGCAAAGGCGCGAUCAGGCCCUUUGAUAGUCGAUGGGUCGAUCAAUUCGCCCCGACGGAGACGGACCACUCGAUCCUUGAACGGAAGCGAUGAUCCGACGAAUUUUAGCGCAUCUACUUCGGAAGAUUUGGCUUUCGAUACACCCUCAAGUUCAGACGAGCAGUCGCAAGAUGCUCUGGAGCUUACUGGUGAUAGAAGCCCCCCUGGGAGCCCUAAAUCGUCACGGCAGCCUGUCUCGUCAUUACAAUACGCGAACGGCCAUUUGCCAUUUAGAGCUCUAGGGCUUGUCUCUGCGCCACAAAUUCCACAUUCAGGGCCCAGGGCUGCCGAGUCUGUGGGAAUGACAACUUCAGGGUUGGGUAAGUCAGCGGGCACGGUCUGGCCGCUAGAACGACAACUGUCCUCUGUCGAGGAGGUCCGUACACCAUCUCCCCGAGGAGAAGGAUUCCCACCAAAGACUCCGUCCCCUCGAGCUACAUUCAUGGACAAGUAUAGAAGCGAUGCUCCUCCUCACAAGAAGUCACCAGGCAUGCCUGGGGAAAGCCGUGAGAAUACUCUCAAACAACCACUUUCCCCUAGGACAAAUGAGUCUGUUAGCACACCGAGCUCAAAUUUACCCCCUCCACCAAGUGGUGGGGCGACCCCUCGGUGGCAGACACAGAAGAAGAAAAGAAAGACUAAGAAAACAGUCAAGUCGGAGAAUGAAGGGCAAGAUUCAAAGCUCACAGGAGGCGAAGCCCUCCCGGCUGACGAGUCACUACGAAAAGGCGGUUAGGUUCUCCUUUGCAGAUGUUCAUAACGCGCAGUGUACAGCAGUCGAAAAGCCCGAAUGAGAACGAGGGCGGAAGAAUGGUAUCGUCAGCGUAUAUUUACCAAUCAUGAUUUUUGGGUUAUGCAUGGAAAAAAACCUUGUUGGCGUUUGUCACUUGCUUUAUAUGCAAGGAAUGCCAGUGCACGCUGGAUAGAAUGGUGAUCCGGGCAAGCAUCUGUCAAACGACGACCAUCAAAGGAGAUAUGGUAACGCCUAUGUAUAUACGACUAUGGCGGCACACCGGAAAUGCAGCCGGACCUAAACACCUGCCUGCCGGCUGUCAAUGUGUGUGGGGUUUUCGCGGGCGUUUUCAACGAACAUGGAACGGCAUCAGGAAUGAAUGCAUAGCGAAAAAAAGCCAGUGGUCUAGGCCAUUGUUGUUGUUGUUUGAUUUCAGGCAUAGAACAGGGAGUUUUCACACCGUACAGAAGCAGUUGAUGGGAGUCUGUGCAGAAAGAAACGAAAAAGAGAAUGGGAAAAGCGCCAAAUGAGGCGAGUGGGGAGAAAUUGCACUCUUGUACUCUAAAAACCGAGAAGGACGUAGAUGGGGGAAACGAAAGAUUGAAUGAAAGAAGUGUGG